AUGGAAAUAGUGGGAGCUGUGACUGUGGAAGUGGCAUUAAAAGGUGGGAAGAAGGACAAGGUCACUUUCCACAUAACGCCGUUACCCCAGGAGGAGGUGCUACUAGGAAUGAACGCACUGCAUAAGAGGAAAGGAAUACAUGGAAUGGGAACGAAUAAGGAGGCUAAAGUAGCUAGAAGAGCCUAUAUUCCCCCACAUGCUUCUGCGAUGACAGAAGUUGAGUGCCAUGAGGAUGGAUCCACUGAGCGAGUGAUGUGGGCCAAUAGAAAGGAGGUAGCAAGUGGGGUGUUCCAAAUAUGCAAUAAAAGGGCUACCGUCCCAAUACACAAUGAUGAGGAAAGAGCAAUGUUGCUUAGAGAGGGAGAAGAGGUUGGGGAAUGGAGUACAGAGAAGUGGCACGAAAGGUGGGAAGACUUGAACCCCUUCAUGAUGGAUUCAGACCACGAGUACGCACCAAAGGAACAAAGGCGACAGCAACUAGUACAACAGUUGGAGGAAAACAUGGGAGGGGAGAAGCUCGAUGACGAGCUUAUGAGAAUUGUGCUCAAAUUCGUCUACGGAAAAUGUAUUGAAUGGACUGACAUCAUAUGUAAUGCAAAAAGUAUCGCGGAACACACGUCCAUUGAAAAUCACCAGGUUCAUCGUUCUUAUUCUGAGGCACUACAGAAGCUCCGGGAGGAGAUUGACGAACAAGUAGUACGAGAGCGUCCUAGGAAAACUGGUCCCGUUUUGUUCGCAGCGUUUGAAGGUGCGAAUCCAAUGGAAAAAGACGGGGUUCGUAGCGGUAUCCUCACAAAGGUUAUUCAUGGAUGGGAUCGCCUAGUGGAAGUAUUGGAAAGCUGGAAGACGUCUAGUGUGGGUCAUCGUUUGGCCGCAGGAAUUCGAGAUGAAGGACGAGACUGUUAUCAAAUUAUUCAAGUUGACGAAAGAUUAUUUGGAGGAAGGGGGCCGUAUAGCCACAGCUUGGCAGCCAAUUGCGUCAAAAAAUCAGACGAAAUAGCUCAAUCUGUAGGAGUUGUGGAGACACCUCGACGAAACACUAAGGAAGAUCGACACCAAUGA